AUCCGGUGUCGCAAGGGAGGUGGGUGUCGGAGACACGCAACCUUCCGGCCGCUUCCCUCAUGGCCUUUAAAGCGCCCCCGGACUCUCCUCCGCACCUGUGCUUCACCGGUUUCACGAUACCUAAAGCACGUCGGUUUCGUGGUCCGACUGGGUUAACGAUGGCUCUCAAGGCCGUCCACGUGACCGACGUCCCCAACCUCGACCAGGUCCCGGUGAACCCCUCCAUCCCCAGGGCCGCGAGAGGGUUCGUGUUGGUGGGGCACCGUGGGAAGGGGAUGAACGCGCUGGGUUCGACGGACCGGAGAAUGAGGGCGGUGAAGGAGAACUCCCUCCUCUCCUUCAACCGCGCCGCCCUCUUCCCCAUCGACUUCGUCGAGUUCGACGUCCAGGUGACCAAAGACGACGUCCCCAUCAUCUUCCAUGACGACAAAAUCCUCACCGAAGAUGCUGGUAAGAUCUUGGAGAAGCACGUCACGGAUCUUUACCUGGAAGAAUUCCUUUCGUACGGGCCUCAGAGAGAGCCCGGCAAGGUGGGGAAAUCGUUGCUCAGAAGGACCAAGGACGGGCGGGUUUUGAGCUGGAACGUGGAGGACGACGACUCCCUCUGCACAUUGCAGGAAGCGUUCGAGAAAGUUGAUUCUCGUUUGGGCUUCAACAUCGAGCUCAAAUUCGUUGACCACGCGGUGUACCAGCUGGAAGAUCUUACUCACGCUCUUGAGGCCGUCUUGAAGGUUGUGCACAAGCACGCAAACUGCAGGCCCAUCAUCUUCUCCACCUUCCAACCUGAUGCAGCACAGCUGCUGAGGAAACUUCAAUCGGCUCACCCUGUCUUCUUUCUCACCAAUGGAGGCACCGAAACAUUUGAUGACGUGAGAAGGAACUCACUGGAUGAGGCUAUCAAGCUGUGCCUGGAAGGUGGCCUGCAAGGCAUCGUCUCAGAAGUGAGAGGAGUGUUCAGAACCCCAUCGACAGUGUCAAGAAUCAAAGAAUCCAACCUUUCCCUGCUAACUUAUGGCCAGCUGAACAAUGUUCCUGAAGCCGUCUACUUGCAGCAUCUAAUGGGAAUCGAUGGUGUGAUCGUCGAUCUCGUCGACGAGAUAACAGAGGCCGUUUCGGAUCUUACCAAACCAGCUUCAGCUCAUGAAGGAGGUGAAAGCUUCUCCGGUUCGCUAGAACAGAGACAAAGACCCAACUUCUCGCAGCAGGAGCUCUCGUUCCUGCUCAAGCUUAUACCUGAGCUGGUGCAGCAUUAAUGGAGUCACAAUAGGAAAUUGUAUUAGAAAUUAUCCACACAAAUGAAACAAUGGAGAUGAAAAGCUCCAAGAAAAAGAAUCCUCAUUGCACUGCUCUCCAACUGCGAUGAUUUGGUGUCACAAUUCAUCAUCCAUUUUUGGUG